AGGAAGGGAGGAGGGCCCCAGACAGACAGCGUGGCUGCAUUGCCGCAGCAAGUCAACUUGUCCAGUCGACCAAGCGGCUCAGCUGCUCAUAACAUCCUCAGGUUGAGCCCUUCUGACUGGACACUUUGGACAUCUCUUCUCUCACUGUGCAUCUCACUACUCACAACACAGGAGGAUUUAUUGUCGCUGUGGAAGAGCGGCUUUUGUCACAGACAGCUAGCACAAAAGGCUGAUAAACGUCAGCCUGCUUUGCCCGGCACCGGGAGCCACCAGCCGGCCGGAGGGGACCGGGGGGUGGGUGGUUAGCAGGGAAGGCGAGCUAACUGGCAUUAGCCUGGGAAAGCUUCUUGGAGCAGCAUCCCUCAAACACUUCACUGCGUUGACGCCAACUCAACGGGUGUGAAGAUGGUUUGAAACAUGAAGGGCGGAACUGUCCCAUCAUCACAAUAGGAGGACUUCUCUCUUGGGUUGUGCUCUGCAGCUUAACUGUGUGACUGAGCUGGGAGACAGAGAGCAAGAUGCCUCCCAGGCCGUCCUCAGGGGAGCUAUGGGGCAUCCACUUGAUGCCUCCCAGGAUCCUAGUGGACUGCCUGCUGCCCAAUGGGAUGAUUCUGACCCUGGAGUGUCUCCGCGAGGCCACGCUCAUCACCAUCAAACAUGAGCUGUUCAAAGAGGCAAGGAAAUAUCCCCUCCAUCACCUCCUACAGGAGGAGACGUCCUACAUCUUUGUCAGUGUUACACAGGAAGCAGAGCGGGAGGAGUUCUAUGACGAGACCCGGAGACUGUGUGACCUCCGACUCUUUCAGCCCUUCCUCAAGGUCAUUGAACCAGUUGGCAACAGAGAGGAAAAGAUCCUCAACAGAGAGAUUGGUUUCGCCAUUGGUAUGCCUGUGUGUGAGUUUGACCUUGUGAAGGAUCCCGAGGUCCAGGACUUCAGGAGAAACAUCCUGAAUGUUUGUAAAGACUCUGUGGAACUGAGAGAUGCCAGCGGGCCCCACAGUAGAGCGCUGUAUGUUUACCCACCCAACGUAGAAUCCACAGAGGAACUUCCCAAACACAUCUAUAGCAAACUGGACAAAGGUCAGAUCAUUGUUGUGAUCUGGGUGAUUGUUUCUCCGAACAACGACAAACAAAAAUAUACAUUGAAGAUCAACCAUGACUGUGUGCCUGAACAGGUGAUAGCAGAGGCCAUCCGUAAGAAGACACGCAGCAUGCUGCUGUCCCCUGAGCAGCUGAAGAUGUGUGUUCAGGAAUAUCAGGGUAAAUACAUCCUCAAAGUUUGUGGCUGUGAUGAGUACCUGCUGGAAAAGUACCCCAUCAGCCAGUAUAAGUAUAUCCGUAGUUGCAUCAUGCUGGGCAGGAUGCCUAACCUGAUGCUAAUGGCAAAGGACAGCCUUUACACCCAGUUGCCUACAGAUAACUUUGUCAUGCCGUCGUACUCUCGACGCAUCUCCACGGCAACAUCCUAUAUGAAUGGCGAGGCAGCUGCCAAGUCGCUGUGGACCAUCAACGGAACUCUGCGAAUACGAAUCCUCUGUGCCACCUACGUUAACGUGAACAUACGGGACAUAGACAAGAUAUAUGUGAGAACAGGGAUUUACCAUGGAGGUGAACAGAUGUGUGACAACGUUAACACACAGAGAGUACCCUGCUCUAACCCCAGGUGGAAUGAGUGGCUCACAUACGACAUGUAUAUCCCAGACAUACCCCGUGCUGCCAGACUCUGCCUCUCCAUCUGCUCUGUCAAGGGCAGGAAGGGAGCCAAAGAGGAGCACUGUCCACUAGCUUGGGGUAAUAUCAACUUGUUUGACUACACUCACACCCUGGUGGCUAACAAGAUGGCUCUGAACCUCUGGCCUGUCCCUCAUGGUCUUGAAGACCUUCUCAAUGCCAUAGGCGUCACUGGAUCCAACCCUAAUAAGGAAACCCCAUGUCUGGAGCUGGAGUUUGACCACUUUAGUAGUCCAGUCAAAUACCCAGAUAUGAACGCAGUGGAGGAUCAUGCAAACUGGACCAUCUCAAGGGAACUGGGGUUUAACUACACCCUCUCUGGACAGAGCAACCGUGUGGCCAGAGAUCACGCACUGACAGAGAGCGACACUGAGCAGCUGAGACAGCUGAGUAACAGAGACCCUCUUUCAGAAAUCACUGAGCAGGAGAAAGACUUCCUCUGGAGACACAGGCACUACUGCAUGAACAUCCCUGAGAUCCUUCCCAAGAUCCUUCUCGCUGUCAAAUGGAACUCCAGAGAUGAAGUAGCACAGAUGUACUGUCUGUUGAAGGAAUGGCCAUCUAUCCGUCCUGAGCAGGCCAUGGAGCUGUUGGACUGCAACUAUCCGGACCCCAUGGUCAGGCACUUUGCUGUACGCUGCCUUGACAAAUACCUGACUGAUGACAAGCUCUCCCAGUACCUCAUCCAGCUUGUACAGGUAUUAAAAUAUGAGCAGUAUCUUGACAAUCCCCUGGCCCGUUUUCUCCUCAAAAAAGCCCUGACCAAUCAAAGGAUAGGACAUUUCUUCUUCUGGCAUCUCAAGUCAGAAAUGCACAAUAAAACAGUGAGCCAGAGGUUUGGCCUGCUGUUAGAGGCUUACUGCAGGGCUUGUGGCAUGUACCUCAAACACCUGAGCAGACAGGUGGAAGCCAUGGAGAAGCUCAUUAACCUCACUGACAUCCUGAAACAGGAGAAAAAGGACGAGACACAAAAGGUCCAGAUGCGGUUUCUUGUGGACCAGAUGAAGAGACCGGACUACAUGGAUGCCCUGCAGAACUUCACUUCUCCUCUUAACCCGGCGCACCAACUGGGAAACCUGAGGUUAGAUGAAUGCAGGAUCAUGUCAUCAGCUAAGAGACCAUUGUGGCUCAACUGGGAGAAUCCUGACAUCAUGUCUGAGCUCCUCUUUCAGAAUAACGAGAUAAUCUUCAAAAAUGGAGAUGACUUGCGGCAGGAUAUGCUGACGUUGCAGAUUAUUAAAAUCAUGGAGAAUAUUUGGCAGAAUCAGGGACUGGACCUGCGGAUGCUUCCCUACGGCUGCCUGUCAUUAGGAGACUGUGUGGGGCUCAUUGAGGUGGUUCGCAGCUCACACACCAUCAUGCAGAUUCAGUGUAAAGGAGGCUUGAAAGGAGCCCUGCAGUUCAACUCAAACACUCUGCAUCAGUGGCUCAAGGACAAAAACAAGGGCGAGAUGUAUGACAUGGCUGUGGAUCUGUUUACGAGGUCCUGUGCUGGCUACUGUGUAGCUACAUUUAUUCUGGGGAUAGGAGACAGGCACAACAGCAACAUUAUGGUCAAAGACGAUGGACAGUUGUUUCAUAUAGAUUUUGGCCAUUUCCUGGAUCAUAAGAAGAAGAAAUUUGGCUACAAGAGAGAGCGAGUGCCCUUUGUACUGACGCAAGACUUCCUCAUCGUCAUCAGCAAGGGAUCCCAGGAGUGUGCGAAGACCAAAGAGUUUGAGAGGUUUCAGGAGAUGUGUUAUAAAGCCUACCUGGCCAUCCGGCAGCAUGCAAAUCUCUUCAUCAACCUGUUCUCCAUGAUGUUGGGCUCUGGCAUGCCUGAGCUGCAGUCAUUUGAUGACAUUGCCUACAUUAGGAAGACUCUGGCCCUGGAGAAAAGCGAACAGGAGGCACUGGACUACUUUAUGAAACAGAUGAACGAUGCUCACCAUGGAGGAUGGACCACCAAGAUGGACUGGAUAUUCCACACAAUUAGGCAGCAUGCACUAAACUGAUCUCCUGCACACAGAACAAAAGCCACCAGUCCCACACGGUGGGUGGGUUGACUUCUGUUAGCCAGCCGAACCACACAGCAUCAGUCGUUCAAGGAAUUUCAGUUCUUUAUUACGGCAGACACCACAAACAGUUCACUGAUGAUGGAAGUUUGCAGCUUUUAUUCCCAUUUAUACACCGGCAUCAUUUCUGUUAAACGAGGUUCCUGUUUUCAUCUGCCUUUUUGUGUGGUCUCAAUGAUGCCCUCGCACUACCCUCUCCUUGUUCUGCAUCUACAACAGAGUGUUGUCUUCAUGUCCCUGUGAAAAUGUACUCUACCUGGCUGAUGCUUGUGUCCUUGGCUACUAAACUUCCACCGGGUAACCAAGGAAACCCCUUAUCCUGCUGCUCUUGCCGGAAAAACACAAAACGGACAAAGCAGCGUAAAGAAGAUGUAUCUGCCAAUCUCUAAAUGUAGCCACAAAGUAAGUUCAACUUGCUGCUCUUCUGCUGUAUUAGUGCUGCACUGUGGCUCCACCCUGAAAAGGAGGUGCUUGGGGAAACCUUUUUAUUUUAUUUUAUUUUUUCAAAUCGUAUCACUGCUGAGAAGAUAGCUGGCACAAGGAACUGUCUAAAUUAUCUUACCUGACAUAAAUGUUAUCAAAUUUGUUGUACAGUGCAGGAUUACAGGAGUAUGGGGACUCGGCUCCUGUGAUGAAGUACCACCGCACAGUGGUGGUGUCAGCUUUUAACCCUUUCAAAAGCUCAAAAACUGCAGACGAGUCUCUGGGUUGUUUUGCGCAGCUCUGCAGUCUCCCACGGCCUCAAUGAAAAAGCACUCCACCUGCCAUUUGGAACAUUUGGCGGCGGCAGUGCAACUCUUAGACUCUUGUGUAAACUUCAGGGUGAUGAUGCCUCUCCAUCAGAAAAACAGCACUUAGAAUAAUAUACAGAUUUAUUAUGACUUUUUAAAUUUAUUUAUGUAUCUAGUCUCUUUGAGUUUCUACACGGGCAAAACGCUAACUCAGCUCUCCGGAAACACGCCUUUCGUUUGUGUAAAUAUAUUUCGAGUUUUUUGUAUUUGUGUUUGCCUUACCUAUCUUCUUCUGAACCACGAGUGCAAGUUCCCAUUACCUCCAUGUUAGAGUUUUGCUCACGUACUGCUGAUUCCCCCCUUUUUAAAUUUUUUUUUUGCCUCAGUCACUUUUAAGUUAAACAUCUCAUUUGACCCGAUCAGCAGUAGGCCAGUUUGUUUUAUUGUGUCUAGUUUGCAGCCCUACUUGGAAUUCUAAAGAUUAAUUUGGCAUCAAGAGUCAAAGUGCCAGUCUCAUAUUUUAUGAAUAACGGGCCCUAUUUUAAGCCCCUGGCUGUCUGUUUUGAUGGUGAGCAGAGGCCCAGAGGAAAGUCGCGUCUUCCUGUUGAGAAAAUGCCUUGGCGUCACAGCACAGCACUCCACAACACUGCACACUCCUAAGCCCAACAAAGUCUGCCUAAACAAGCUGUAGUAAGCAAACCAUCAGCACUAUUAACAUGAAAAGCAUGAAGAGGCUAGCUUUCAACUUCAUUGUGUAUGAUUUGAUGUAACAACGUUAGGUUGAUGGUGUUUAGUGUGUUGACCCGUGGACAGCGUGCGCACAUUUGGUGGAAUUUUCUACACACUGAUCCCAUAACCCUGGCUGUGUUCGAGCCUUGCUUCCUGUUGCCAGGCACCGUUAAAGCCAUGCUCUAACCCUUUUUUGUUAAAUCAAAAGAUUUUUUUCCAACAGGAACCUUUUGAGCGUGUAGCUUGUGACGGCAUCUUUAGCAAAUCAAGUGAAACAGCGCAUGUGGGUGAGAUUUAGUAAUCCAGGCACAUUGGCUGAUCUUUCAAAUUUGAUUGGAUCGCUCAAAAACAGGUGUGGUUUAGCAAAUACAAAUAUAAUUUUCAAACAAACAAGCUUCAUUCUUUGGACACAUGUGUCCUACUGUCAUUUUACUCUGCUAGCUAAUAUGAGCCACUAGCUAACAGUCAAGUGCAGUUUUAUACGAUGGGCUAGAUAAUCAUUACAGUCACAUUUCAUUGGAUUCAUUUGUGUUAAAGAUGAGUCAUCAAAAAGGUUUCACAGAAAGAGAAAAGGGAAGGAUUUCGCAUGAGAAUGCAUUUUAGAGACCAUAGCUGACUCGUCUCUGGAAGUAUAUGUUCAUUUUGGAAUUAUCUCAACAAUCAUUGUUAAAACAGGUAUUUUAAUGAACUCUUGAGUGGCAGUUUUACAGAUAUUUCAGUGGCAUUAAGAAACACUCGCACUGUGUGCUUUGCUGAGGAAAGAAUGUAGUUAUUUAGAAGAGACGGUGCCUCCUCACGAGCACCCCCUGACGCCCUCACAGUAUUCCUAGGAAGACAUAUGGAUGUGCGCAUAGCUAAAUUAUCUUCGUAACCCUUCAGUAUGAAACUCGGAUCUGCCAGCGGAAAAGAAAGUCUGCACUUUGCCAGUUUAACUGUUGAUUGUAUCAAAAAGCCAAAGUUGUGGACUUCCAAUGUGGCACACGUGUGUUAUACCUUUUAUUAUUGCAGCAUUAACAGCUAGAAUGUAUUGGAUUGCUAACAUGGACAUUUAUGUGCACUCAUCUUUUUAUGUUUUUGCAUCAUUCGUGUUUGUUUUUCUUUUUAAUGUCGGAUGCAGUGCCACUAAACAUACAGUAGGUAGUCAGCAAAGAGCUCGUCGCCCUUUCCUUCUUUUUCUCAAUGUGCCAAAUCAGGCGUCACCGAGGCCUGCGAAAGCUAAUGCUGGAAGUGCAUCACGCAGUUACAGAAUUUCUAAGAAGAAAAAAGACAAAGGUUGGGGUAUGCACUUAAAAAAAAAUCAAGAUCUCAAUGCCUUUUAUGUCCAAAAGGACUCUGUAAGAAAAGAGUUAGCUUAGUAUGCAUGUUUCUCAAGCAGCAUUACCAGUAUGUAUGUACAGUUACAGUCAAAAGUCUUUUUCUAUGGGAGGCUUCACGUGUGACAAACAAACCCAUAGUGUUGUUCUCUUUAAUAUCUUUUCCCAAGUCUUCUCUAAAUCGAUAGCGUGUGUGUGUGCAAGUGUGUUUGCGUGCGCUCAUAUGCAUUAAUUGUCCUUCUGUACAGGUUGCAGAGCUUCAUUGGCAGGUCCCAAUGAAAAUACCCACACUACGUAUGUACAGUAUGUACACGUCCAUGUGUCUGUGUGUGAUGACACUUAGCUGUUGAAGUGAUUGUGUCUCUAAGUGUUUUGUAAAACUUUUUCUUUUUUUUUCGUUGUUCACUGGCUGGUCUGUGCCAGAGACGGAAAAACAAAAAAAACAGAAAUAUGCUGAAGUUUUUUGCACCGGAAACAGACGAGAGGAGACGGAGAAACUUUUUUUCAUACAUGAGUUGUAAAUGUUUUACUUGAAAUGUCACGAAUCAGAACCACAGCUGUGUUUUGUUGGUUUAAAGUUGGGAGGCAGGGGGGGUCUAAUGUCUAUUUAGUACUGAUUGUGUGAGUGUGUGAGUGUGUGUGUGUGUGUGUGUGUGUGUGUGUGUGUGUGUGUGUGAGUGAGUGAGUGAGUGAGUAUUUAACUACGUAAGCACCGAAGGUUCACGCAUAAUGUACAGGCAUGUUUGUUUGAUACUAGUCAUGAAUGUUACUGAUGCCACAGUCCUGAAUUUCAGAGUGAAAACUUCUAAGAUCAGGUGCAGUGAGAACUGUCUCACAGGAUUUAAUCUUAAAUUUUCAUCCUCAGCCUCAAAAUCAUAAGAACGUCUAAGUGAUAGUUCUCUCCAACUACGGCACUGAAUUGUUGCUCUAGUUUCGUAAGUGAAGGCUUUAACAAUGAAAACGCAGGCCCAUAGUUACAAAUCUAAUUAUCACAGGACCCGGUGAACUGGCUUUGUCUGUCUUUUGUCACUAAGCCAGCUCAUCUGAUUGCAUGAAUCAACAGUGUGCAGGAGAUUGAAUAUCACAUAAUGAUAUAUAAUCUCUGUGCAUGCUGUUUAACUAAGUGAGGUGAAGUUGAAGAUGAUCUCAUUUACACAUGCAGAGAAGUACUGAUGUGUGAAGUUUAAGAGGCGGAGAAUCCUGCUGUUUGCCCUCGAUAAUACAAUCAUCUGAUCUGAUUCCAACCAACAGUGGACAUUAUAACAGAAUAUAAUGCAAUUCAAUGUGCAAAAUAAAAUAAAUACUAUUUUGUGGCAGCAAGUGUUCCAUUUUUGAUGAGCAUUGGACAACACUUUAUUCUGAGGUGUUUUCUUUUCCUGUUCUCGUUAUUCUGUCCACCACCUUGUAUGAAUAUGAAGCCUGAUGAAUUCUUUCUGUAAAGCAGUCAAAACUCACAGGUUUUUUUAGAAAGCUUUUGAAACUUAUGAAUUUCAAAGAGUUUUAUUCUCUUACAUUUGCCUGGAAAAAAUCAGCAUCGGAUCAAAGAGAAGAGAAAUUAUUAGAUUUAUUGAUCAUUUGCGGUCAGUUAUGAGGCUUCUGAAAUGUCCCAAACUCUUCACUUUAUUGACUAACUGGUCUGUGGUUUCAUGGUCUUUUCUGUAUGCAGUGCUCUAAACUCCAUUUAACUGUGUCAGUAAUAUAUUUCCAACAUACCAUGCUGUCAGAACUAUACUAUGAAUGAAUGUACAAUGGGCCAAUGUAUUGUUUUUCACAGCCUACCUGCAUGAGAUUGGGUAAAAAUGAAUAUUCUUCUUGCUACAUUUUUUUUUUUUUUUUUUUAGUCUGCUAAGCAGCCAUACAGAUGUUUAUAAAGGAAUGCCUUAAGUUUGCUCCCUGUAGGAACAGUUUCUAGGACACGUUCAUCCUCACAAUAACCUGCGUUUUUUAUUUAUAAAUGUACAUUGUGUUGCAGUUUUGGCUCCCUGGUCACAGAGUUAAAGGUUUGUACCCUGACUGACUGACUGACUGGUCAUCUGAGUGUUCUGUGAAGAUGUACAAAUAAAUUUGUUAAACAUUCA